AUGGCUUUGUACUACAACUUAGUGUUUGCCUUAUUGGCUGCAGAGAUGGCGUUUUUUGCCAUUUUGUCGUUGCCCUUCCCCAGAGCCAUUAGAAGAAGGGUUUUAUUAACGGUGUCUGCUCCCUUCAAAAAUGAGCAGUUCCAAAUUGCCAUCAAAUGUAUAUUGGGAUUUGUUCUUAUCUUAUUCAUUGACUCUGUGAACAGAGUCUAUUCAGUGACCAACGAGUUGCACAACUCUAACGUUAUUCAGAACGGGGGUAUCCAACCGGGAAUCCUUAACGACCGGUCUGAAGUCCAAGCCAGAAGAUUCUAUGCGCAAAGAAAUAUGUAUCUCUGUGGCUUUACCUUGUUCUUGACGUUGAUCUUAACUAGAACGUAUGGCUUAGUGGCUGAAUUGAUCGCUACCAAAGAUAAGUUGGAUUCCUACAAGGCUAAUGAGGGACUGAAGUUACCAACCGAUUCUGCUGAAAUUGCCAAAUUGAAGAAGGAAUUGGCUACUAAGGAUGAAGAUCUUGAAAUCUUGAAGGAACAAGCCAAGAGCUUGUCCAAGGACUAUGAAGCUGUGUCUGAUACUACACAAAAGCGUUAG